UAUGCUAUCUUCUCACACCGGUGGGGUGAACUCGAGCCCAAAUUUACAGACGUCCAUCAUCCUAGUUCCAUGUCCGUAGAGACGAGAGGCGGCCCAGGAUACGCAAAGCUCUUGAAGUUCUGUAUACUCGCUCGCGUGGCGGGCUGCGACUUAGCUUGGUCGGACACAUGUUGUAUCAACAAGGACAGUAGCGCCGAACUGGACGAGAACAUCCGGUCUAUGUUCCGCUACUAUCUUAACUCGCACAUAUGCAUCGCGUACCUAGCGAAAUCCUUCGUCUUGGACGAUCUGCGUCGCGAAGAAUGGUUCACCCGUGGGUGGACUUUGCAAGAGCUCGUUGCUCCUCCUCGCCUCAAGUUCUUCACAGGCGGAUGGGUUCAGCUUUCCGAAGGUGACAACGAUAAAUGUAAUCCCUAUAUCCUGGAACGUAUCCAUCAGAUCACUUCCAUCUCUCUGAGAGACCUUCUCGAUUUCAAACCUGGAACAAACCGCGUCAGCGAGAAGAUGUCGUGGGCCGCGGCGCGCGAGACGACACGUAUCGAGGACAUGGCGUACUCUCUCAUCGGAAUCUUCGACGUGAGCCUUACGGUCGCGUACGGAGAGGGACCUCGUGCGUUCUUCCGUCUCAUGAAAGCCAUUCUGGAAGAAUACAACCAGUGGGACGUCUUCGCGUGG